AUGAAAUGCCAUUGUUGUGCGUGUGUUCAAUGGGAUUUAUUAAAAAAUUCUACUGAUCUCAAAGAUUUAACAUGUAUACAAGAGAGAACAAACUUCGAUUCACUUCGUUUUGCAUUAGUAACAGUAUUUCAGAUCAUAACACAAGAAGAUUGGAAUGAGGUACUUUAUAAUGGAAUGAAAAAGACAAGUCCAUGGUCAGCAUUAUAUUUUAUUGGACUUAUGGUAGUUGGCAAUUAUAUAUUAUUGAAUUUAUUUGUUGCUAUUCUUGUUGAAAGUUUUUCACAUGCAAAAGAAGAUGAUACAGCAAAUAAUAAUAAUAAUAGUACGAAUAGAUUGAGCAAAGUAGAUCCGUUUCAAAUACAAGCAAUUAUCACAGGUCAUAUUCAAAUACCUGAGAAUCUCGAUGAAUCGUCAAGUAUUAAAUUCAAUAAUGAUGGUAAGAAAGAUGAUCGACGACAAGAUACAUUAGCUCGUUCUGUACGUCGUACAAAUUCUGAUCCAUCAUUCCCAUUAUCAUCAACACGAUAUUUUAUUGUUCAUGAAGGGAAUUUAAUUGAACAAGAAUCAAAUAAGAUGACAAAUACAUGUUUAAAUUCAAUUGUCAAAUGCCGAUCAACAAUCGAUAAUUCAUCAUAUUCAUUUAAUCAAAAUGUAUCGACAAGUAUUUAUCAAACACCAAGAAGCCAAGAGAAAAAUGAUAGACAUACGAUAUCUAUUACUAGUAGUACUAUACAACCUGCUAUUGAUACUCAACUACCGAUAAACGACCAAAACAAUAUGCAAUUAGAUGUGUCAACUAGAGAUAAUACACAACAUGAAUUAACAACUCAAAAAUCAGGAACCAUUCGAUCAUGUUUAAGUCGAUGUUGUAGACUACGAAUAUUUGAAUGUUUAACGAAGCGAGAAAACUAUUCAUUUUAUCUUUUUUCACCUUCGAAUAGACUACGCAAAGUAUUUCAACAAUUAAUUAUACAAAAAUCAUUUGAUUAUUUAAUUAUUUUCUUUAUUGUUCUCAAUUGCAUUACACUCGCUAUGGAACGUCCAUCGAUUUCUCCUAUAAGUUUCGAACGACAAUUUUUGAACUACACUAAUUAUAUAUUUACAGCUAUAUUUACUAUUGAAAUGAUGAUUAAAGUAAUUGCAAGUGGACUUAUUUUUGGACCUAAUACUUAUUUACAUAGCGGUUGGAAUGUUAUGGAUGGAUUUCUUGUAAUUAUUUCAAUUGUUGAUAUUGGUAUAGUAGUGAAUCGAGGUAGUAUUACGUCAUCCACAGAGUCGGAUACAACAUCAAAUAAUCUGAGCGUGUUAAAAGUCUUUCGUUUAUUACGAAUAUUACGACCACUCUCAUUUAUCAAUCGAGCACCUAGCCUUAAACUUGUCGCUCAAACUUUACUUUCAUCAUUGAAAUCAAUCGGUCAUAUUGUUAUUAUUUGUUGUAUAUUCUUUCUCAUCUUUGGCAUUCUUGGUGUUCAGCUUUUCAAAGGUAAAUUCUACUAUUGUAAAGGUCCUCUCGCUUAUAAUGUAACAACAAGACAACAAUGUGAAGCUAUGUCCGAUCAUCGAUGGCAAAAUCAACAAUAUAAUUUUGAUAAUUUGGGUCAAGCUCUACUGACACUAUUUAUUCUUGCAUUAAAAGAUGGUUGGGUACAAAUAAUGUAUAAUGGUAUUGAUGCAGUUGAUGUUGAAAUGCAACCAAUAAAGAAUUAUAGUGAAGCAAAAUCAAUUUAUUUUAUAUCAUUUAUUUUAGUUGUCGGUUUUUUUGUUCUUAAUAUGUUUGUUGGUGUUGUUGUUGACAAUUAUCAUAAUUGUCGAGCCCAACAAGAACUUGAAGAAGAAGCUCGAAAUAAAGCAAAACGUGCAAAACAACUUGAACGUAAACAACGUCUUAUGCAUGAAUUACCAUAUUAUGCACAUUAUUCACCAUGGCGUAGACGUUUACAUGAUCUAUGCAUUAGUAAAUAUUUUGAUUUAAUUAUUGCUGUUAUUAUUGGUUUUAAUGUUAUUGUACUGUCACUUGAAUUUUAUUCUAUGCCAUCUGACUUGGAAAAAUUUCUUGAAUAUUGUAAUUAUGUAUUUAGACUUGUAUUCUUACUUGAAUUUAUAUGGAAAAUUGUUGCACUUGGACCAUUACGUUAUUUUAAAGAUAGAUGGAAUCAGUUAGAUUCAUGUAUUGUACUUGUAUCAAUAGUUGGUACUGUAAUGGAAAUAAUGUCAAGUAGACAUAUUUUUCCAAUAGAUCCUACACUUAUUCGUGUGAUCAGAGUAUUGAGACUUGUACGAGUAUUCAAACUACUGAAAAUGGCCAAAGGUCUUCAAUCUCUAUUGGAUACUGUGAUGCAAGCUCUUCCACAAGCUGAAAAUUUGGGUCUUCUAUCCUUUCUUUUUUUCUUUAUCUUUGCUAUACUUGGUGUUGAAUUAUUUGGGAAAUUAGAAUGUAGUGAAGAACAACCAUGUAGUGGUCUCAAUAAAUAUGCACAUUUUAAAAAUUCUGGCAUAGCUCUUCUUACAUUAUUUCGUAUUUCAACAGGUGAUAAUUGGAAUAGUAUUAUGAAAGAUACUUUACGUCAAGAUGAUUCACCUCGUGCUAGCAAAAGUCGCUUUAUAACAAUCAUUUCACUUAUGUAUUUUGUUGUUUUCGUUCUUAUGGCUCAAUUUGUACUUGUUAAUAUUGUUGUCGCUGUACUCUUGAAAAAAUUUGAAGAUUCAAAUGAGAUGAUAGCUGAUGAUAAUGCUGACAUGGAUGAAGAAAUUGAACGACAACUUGAAUCUGAUGUACAUGUUGGACAAUUAUUACUAGAUGUGAACACACUUGAUAUAAAAGAAAAAGUAAAAUUUACAAAGUUAUGA